AGAGGUCUCACUACCCACCCUCGCGGCUCUCCCCUCUGCAGCUUUCCAUCGCUGGUCAUUAUAUCUUGACCUUACGGUCCGAUCUCAGAAUGUUCUCUCGUGCUGUUCGCCCGGCCGUCAGGGCCGGUAGUGCUGUUGUCACCCGCACUGCUCCUCCCAAUGCCGCCAACUUCGCGACUCUGCGUGAAAUCGAGGGCCGUCUCAAGUCCAUCAAGAACAUUGAAAAGAUUACCAACACGAUGAAGGUCAUUGCUUCUACCCGUCUUACCCGCGCUCAGAAGGCCAUGGGCGAAUCUCGCAACUACGGUGAGACCUCCAACACCGUUUUCGAGAAGGCCGAGACCAAGCCCCUCGAGGACAAGAAGACUUUGCUCGUCGUCGCCAGCUCCGACAAGGGUCUUUGCGGUGGUAUCCACUCCGGUCUGAGCAAGGCUACCCGCCGUAUCCUCCAGGAACACGCCGACGCCGACAUCGUUGUUCUUGGUGAGAAGGCCAAGGCUCAGCUCUCCAGAACCAACCCCAAAGCUCUCGUCCUGAGCUUCGCCAACGUCUGCAAGGACAUCCCCACCUUCGCUGAUGCCCAGGCCGUUGCCGACCAGAUUGCUCUGCUGCCCGCCGACUAUGCCAGCGUUAAGAUCAUCUACAACAAGUGGCUCAACGCCCAGAGCUACGAGCCCGCCACUGUUGAGGCUUACUCCGAGGAGGCCAUCACCAAGUCCGCCAACAUCUCCUCUUUCGAGAUUGACGACCAGGCUCUUGCCAACCUCCGUGAAUAUGCUCUUGCCAACAGCCUGUUCUGGGCUAUGGCCGAAGGCCACGCUUGUGAGAUUUCUAACGCCUCGAAGAACGCUGGUGAGAUGAUCAACAAGUUCCAGAUUCUGUACAACCGUCAGCGUCAAGCCGCCAUUACCGGUGAGCUGGUUGAAAUUAUCACCGGUGCCACCGCCAGUGCGGACAUGUAGAAGCUUUCAUGAUGCUUCAGUGGGAAGGAGUCGACAUGUGUGUAGACUUACUCUUAAAUACCUAGCUAGAUUUUUAUCAGCCUGUAAAUCAGUCUAUCCAUCUUUCUUUUG